GACCAUCGCCACAUCGCCGAAUUGCUUGUGUAUCUCUCUGAACUACCCGACAUAAUCGUCGACGGCAAGCCCUUCCAAGAAAACGACAAAACCUACUGGCGCUCCAUUCCCGAAUUCGGUUUCUGGUUUACUGAGACCGCUCUGAGUGUAAACACAAUCGAAAACAUGGAUCUAGGCAACGGUCCAUUAACCUGGUAUGAACAAGCCCAACAAUACAAACAUGCCAACACCUUUGCAGCCAUCUAUACCUCUAAUCUCGACUCAUCAAUCACACAAGAAUGGAUAGGUAUGCAGUGCAUCGCCAGAGACACUCUAAUGCAAGCCCUAGAAGUAGACAUCACAACCUACCCGCAGGUCCGCCGCGCAGGAAUCUACAUCCCUGCUGCUGCUGCGUGGAUGACUCAUGCUGGCACUCACCUCUGGCAUUUUUGCAAAAGCAAAGAACUAUGUAAGGGCAAGGUAUGGAGGGAAUGGAUUGGUGGUAGUGAUGGGAGUAAGCCUUUGUGGCCUGGAGAUGAUGGGUUCAGUGUUGAGCGAUGGACGUUUUGGAAAGCGAGGUUUGGGGAUGUGGCGGAGUUGAGGCAGAGGGGAUUUGCUGGGCGUGUUAUUGAUGAUGUUGUGAUGUGUGCGAGGAUGGCGGUCAAGGCGAUGCAUGAGGUUGAACAGGAGGAUGCGUUUGUAUUUGAUGCAUUAUCAAAAGUGUUUGAGAGUAGCGAGGUUUCGAGUCCUUGUGUAGCGUGA